CCUCAACAUAGCCUUCCUCGCCUUUUGUUGCUUUCUCUUGCAUCAGCAGCAGGACCGGCGAUAAACAGGCCAAUCACUAAUCGAUGACUGACUAGCGUGCUCUCACCCCAGAUCCAGCCCCAGCCUCACCACCCACCAGGGACGAUAGAAGGACCCGUCUCGACCUCACCCUCUUGGGUCGCUCUCGUUCCCAUGUUAUCAUCAGGAUUUCUGUCGACAAUGUAAGAGCCUGGUGCCUUCCGUUGUCGCCCCUGCUCUUGCCGUUGCUAUCGCCAUCUUCCUUAUUGCUUGCAUUUCAGCGCGCUACUUCCUCAGCCCGCCCCAAACCGCAUCGCGAUCCCAUCCGCUUCACCUCGAGAGGUACCUUUCGUUGCCUUCACUUAGUGUUUUGCAUCAUACACGGCAUUUCAUUCAUUCCUGCGAAGUUCCUAUCAAAACCGGGGAAAAUGGUGUCCGACGAGACUUACGAGAUCUGUCUCCCCUUGCUCCAGGACGAGAGCCUCGACGAUGAAGAGAGAACAGACAAGUUGGAGGAGCUGCUCAAAAAGGAAACAACAUUAGUGAGAAGCGCUAUUGAGAACGCUGUUUUGGACGUGUUAUGGAGAUAUCGAGAAUCUUCAACGAAUCCGACUUCACCACCGCCUGUGCGGCAUACUGUCUUGCGCCGACCAUCCCCAGCUCCGUGGCAGACUCCUCGAGGUGGUUCUGGUACCCCAGUAUCGUCGUCUCCUCGUCUUGGGGUAAGCCCUCUUGCCCCCCCUGGAUUUAUCCCGCGAGAUUUCAAUAGAGCGAAGUCAUCGACAGCUUCUCCUUUCACGUCGCCCCGCCCUUCGCCCAGACUUGCUUUUUCGAGUCCAGCCAUACCUCACAGCCCAAGUCUCAACGCAUACGAGUUUCCCACAGACACUAGUCCUACACAGGACAUAUACGGAGACUUUGGUAGUGAUAAUGUGGACUGGUUGGUCAACGAUGAUGGGGGCAGUAAUACAUCUUCUUCUGCUGGUGGCCAUAGUGGUCUCAAUGCAGCCGCUGCCGAAUACAUCCAGCCUCAACAGUUAGAUAUGAGCCCAUAUGAUAUGCUGCGGUCAAUACUUGGUCCUUCCAAGUCAGAUGAAGAGAUCGAGGCAGCUCUUGCCGUGCAUGGAUAUGACUUGAGCGCUACCAUCAUGGCAUUCAUGGAAGGUCAAACAAGCGAUAUGUCUACGGCUCAGGCACAGGCCGCCGAUGCGAAGAAUGCCAUUUUGAUUGGUAAAUCUAUGACUGCAGAGAUCCCCCGCCCUCUUACCCCCGCUGGAGGACAACGUAGCGGUGUUGUUUGCAGAUUUUGGCUUUCAACUGGACAAUGUCUCAGGGCAGAUUGCAGAUUCAGCCAUGAUCUUAGCAAUCACAUCUGCAAAUACUGGGUAAUGGGCAACUGUCUUGCCGGCGAUACCUGCAUCUUUUCCCAUGACCCAUCACACUUCAUGAACCGCCUUGCCCUGGACGAAAGCAGUACACCUCCCCUCCAGAAUGGUCAGCCAGGCUUCCAAUUUCAAGAUUAUAAUGCUUUCCCUUCGUUACAACCCCUGCAGGACCAGUGGCCUAGCUCGUAUAGUUCCAGCAACGCUUUUAGCAACUACCAAGGGACAAGCUUCACUCCGCCACCAGGAUUCAAGGGAAUGCAGGGCUACGCAAGUGAUGGAUCUAGCCAGAGAUCACGACCUAGUAGCCGCCACCAGUCUCGAGACUUGAACCCAGCCGCUCCUGCUUUGGAUGAUACUGAGGCUUUCCCUUCACUCGGCGCAGUUGCUGCGAAGGGUGGCAAGAAGCACCAUGGAAAGAGAGGCGGGCAUGGACAUGGCCACAAGGAGGCUCCCACCCCCAGCUCAUUGGCAGAAGUGGUCAAGAUGUCCCCAUCUCCUGGCCCUGGCUUGAUGAGACAAGAUAUGAAAAAGAUGGGCAGAAACGGAAGCUCCACCAGUAUCCGCAACGGAGAAAACAGUGUUGCCGCCCAAGCCAUUCCUAGCCCACAACACGUGCCCUGGUUGGAGACGGGCGAAAAGGCGAAUAAAACAUACCUCAAGGCCAGACAAGAUGCUAUUAAGCACGGUGGCUUGAGGAAUAAGUUCCUGCAAAGUGCCGCUCAAGCCUGGAAUCGCAAUGAUGCACGGGCUGCCAAAGCCCUGAGUCUUCGCGGUCAAAGCGAGAAUGAUGCGAUGCGAAAAGCCCAUCGAGAGGCAGCUCGUGAGCUCUACGAAGAACGCAACAAGAACAGCUCCUCUAGUUCUGAGCUAUAUGUUGAUCUCCAUGGCCUGCAUCCGGAGGAGGCCGUCGAAUACCUUGAAAAGGUUCUCCUCGAGAAUCAAAAGGAAACAAGACCAGUCUAUGCCAUCACUGGUACCGGUCAUCAUAGCAAGAACGGCAAAGACAAGGUCGGCAAAGCUAUCCGUAACUUUUUGAACGAGUGGCGGUACGCCUACCGCGAAUUUUCCGUCCCGGGUGAUAGGAACAACGUUGGAGGUAUUCUCGGCAUUGACGCUCGAUCGUGGGACAAAUCCCUGUCUAGAGAGGGCGCCAGUACCGCUGCAGCUCCACCCGAGGCGGAGAAGCAAGAAGUAGAUAUCCUUAGUCAGGGGCAUGAGAUUGGUCAGGGCAAAGUACGAUUGUUGGUCCGCGAUCCGCCUAAGGGACCGAAUGGGAAUCGAUGACCUCCGGCUUAGAUAGAGGGAAACAAUAAACCAGUAAAACUUAGAAGCUGUUCGCCUG